CACAGACCCCGUGAUCUUGAAAGUCCUGAAGAUCAAAUGUUAUGUCCCUGGCCUGUUGUCGACGUGUAUCACAUUCAAGUCUUAUAUCCUGACACGGAUAGGUAAAAUCGGACGCUGUACAAACAGACAAGCUAUAUACAAGCAUUCUCUUCUUUGCUGAACUAUAAUGAACUCCAAGGAGCUGAGCUAUGUUCACGUGCCUCACAAGCGCCCAAUGACCCAUUAUGCACUGCACCAGUUACUAGACUCCAUGGCCGAGCAAAGACGCGACACCGAGGCUCUUGUUAUAUACAACAUGAAACUUGAGAGGGCCGCUAUGACUUAUGGGCAGUUAAAGGAUUGGUCUCGCUAUCUGGCAGCAUCCUUACUCGAUCUUGGUCUGUCACGUGGACAACACGUGCUUCUCAUCGGCGCCAGCAGUAUUCGGUUUGCGGUAUCCUUUAUGGCACUUCAGCGUUUUGGUGCAAACACUAUUUUACUGGGACCUGGGGGGCUGUCUCAGGAUAAAGUUGGUCAGAUAAAAGAUCUAAGAGUCCAAGCGGUUGUCUUCGACCCUGACAUGCGCGAAACCCAGAGGCUGCAGCUAGCAAAAGGUAUAAAGCAGUUGCUCUCUGAUAUUUCCAAGGAAACUGAUCCAAUACUUGUUUCCCUGGGAGAUGUGACGUCAUGCAAGUGCGUGACUGAUUUGGAUUCUCACAUGUAUGAUGAUCUGAUUGUGCGUGGUCAAGAAAGUGGGCUUCUACACAAGUUAACGCUAGCCGAAGCGGAAGUACAAAUUGAUGACCCUAUCGUGAUAGUCUACACAUCCGGAAGCACAGGGUCCCCAAAACUUGUCCAGCACACAUGCUUCAGUCGCACGUGCUCAGUUUUAACCUGGAAAGACAUCUCUCAGGAUAUUCGCGCUGAACGCGAGAUAAAGUAUUUUGACCGACCGAUGGCGUGGGGCUGGGGCAUGCUUACCUUAUGCUGUGUAGUGAACGAUUCUACAAUCGUGUGGGUGCCAACCGAGAUAACUCUAAAUGAAGAAAUGAACGAAGUCGCGUUUGAAAUCAUGCAGAAUGAAAAGUGCACCAAUGGCAUCUUUAGCGCUGCACUGAUGCAUAAGCUGACCAAGGACAAGCUGCAUUUAAAGUACGACCUUUCAAGCUUCGAGGAAUUCCAUUACGGUGGACAAGUAUACCCCAAGACCAUGAUAUCAAGUGUGUUAGAAGGCCUACCGUUCGCUAGAGGUUUCCAUGUAUUUGGAUCAACUGAAGGGAUGUUACAAGCCGUGAAAAUUAUUAUUAAAGAUGGAAUGAAUGAUGAUGAUUUUGGAGAGUUGUCAGUGGUUCCUGGGUGCGAGGUGAAAACCGUUGGCGACGGGGACGAGGUGGUGCCGCGAGGAACGCCUGGUGAAAUAUGCGUUCGGAGUGCCAUGGUUUUCUCAGAAUACGUUGGUAACCCCGAGGCAACCAAGCAAGCAAAAACAGCCACUGGCUGGUUCCGACUGGGAGAUAUCGGUGUUAUGGAUGAAUCAGGAAAAGUCAAGGUUCUUGGGCGUAAGAAAGAUUUCAUUAAACGCGCAACAUUAAAGAUAUCUCCAUUGCAAAUCGAGAAAGUGAUUCUAGGACAUGCCGAUGUGUCAGACGCUGUAGUCUUCGGUGUUCCUGAUCAGCAGCUUCACGAGGAGAUUUGCGCUUGCGUUAUUCUUAAAGCCGCCAACAAUGAUCGAGGUUUAGAAGUGAGGCUGGCAGAGCUGGAGGCCUGGUGCUCAGAGCAAUUUCCUCCGGAAGCCGAUGGUUUGAGUUUGAAGCCUCGAUAUAUGUUAUUGGUGAAGACCUUCCCAUCUGGGAACACGGGAAAAGUGGACCGCCGAGCGAUGAGGGACUUGGCGAUGCAGAAGCUUGGGAUAUCUGAGUAGAUCACAGUAAUCAGGCAGUUCACAUCUGAAUGUGAUAAACAAAUAUAUUUUUACUCACAGUUUGCAGGAGAUAAAGAAAACCAUACAUAAAACAUAUUCAAGAAACAUGAUAAGUGUGAGCAUUUUUUCGGUGCCGAUGUGACCCAUUUCACAUUUCCAUAAUUCCAGCAUGACUUUUCAUUAUACCGGAGUAAACAUGUGUAGAUUCAAGGCAACUCUACUCCAAAGAACCUUGUCGCAUACAGGUGGCUCCGACGGGACAGUGAAUGGGACAGGAUGUCAGUGAAUUCUAAAUAAAAUAAACGGAAAUUCAUUACAA